AAAGCCUACACAGGAUAUGUGGAUUCCUUUCUUAGUUAUUAGGGUCGCUAUACAUUGUAAUAUUUUUGAGUAAUCGGUGUUAGCUGAGCUCUUUUGCUGAAUGAAUCCAAGUAACCCUGUUUCUUGCCUUCUGAAAUGACCGGUGCAUAUAAGUGUAUUGAGGCUGUGGUAAUGUAUGAAGUCCAAUUCUGAAACACCAUGUCAAAUGAAGGCAGCUCUGGUGAGCACCUUUCUACAACAACAGUCAGUUCAGUUGCUGUUCAGGCUGGAGAUUCCAGGAUUGUUAUCGCUAUACUUAAGUGUGGGAAAUGGGUGCAGUUUCAGCUGACUGAGUCAAGUCCAAAUGUAUUGGAAAUUGGCAGCAAUCAAGAUGAGACCAAAAAACUACUACAAGAUCAUGAACUCCUCCUGGCAAAACUUAAGUCUUUGGAAGAUCAAGUAUGGGACCUGUUACGUGAAGCAGACAAGACUGCAGAGGAAAACCAAGAGCAAAGCCAAGUGUAUGAUGCCAUGGCACAAACUCUGGGGGAUGCCUGGGAUGCCCUCGUCGUUAUGCUAGAGAAGCGAAGAGCACUUCUGAAACUUACUGCAGUGUUUUUUGAAAAUGCUCUGGAGUUUGCUAUUAAAAUUGACCAAGUGGAGGAUUUCCUUCAGAAUGCCCAGGAGUUUGAGAACACUGAAUCUUUGAAAAAUCUCCUUCAUCAACAUGAGCAUCACACAAAAGAGCUCUUGGAAAAGUCACUGGCCCUUUUAAACAAAAGCCAUGAGCUGACUGAAUUCAUAGAAGAAUUCAAAUCUGAUGGGCCUAAUGUAAACUCUGAGUUGAUUCAAGGAGCCCACAGCAGCUGCUUGAAAAUUGGCAGUCUCCUUGAGCUGCUACAAGACAGGAGGAGGCAACUGGACAAACAUCUGAAGCAGCAACGCCAAGGACUAGAGCAGGUUCUGCAAAUUUGUCAUUGGCAUCACCAAGAAAACCAGGUAACAUCUUGGUACAGGAAAAAUAUGAGUGAUUAUCUACAUAAGCAAAAUCUAGGCUCAUCUUUAACAGAAAAUGAAGAGCUACUUCAUGAGCACAUGGAAAUGGAAUUCAAGGCUAAGGAAUGGAAUUCCACUGUGGAAAAAUUAAAAGCGGAAGCACUCACGAUUCUGUUUUCAGAGGACUACGCAGAAAAGGAACAUCUGAAGCUUUCAAAUCAGAAAAUAAAUCUGUUGCAAGAAGAGUUGUGCCAUCGUAUGGAGGAAAGGAAAACCUUGUUACAAGAGGCCAAUGACUUCUUUAGUGCUGCUAACAAGGCAUUUGAUGUUCUUGGAGGUAUUGAAGCUUACCUUAAGCUCCUUAACUUGGAGGGUUUAAGUUUGCCUAUCUUGGCAAUGAAGCAUGAGGAAUUACAGGGAGAAAUUAAAGACUGCACAGCUGAUGCUUUGCAGAAGGGAAAAGCCUUAGUUAGUAAAGGAGAUUCCCACAGCUCUUGGAUGACUGGAAUUCAGGAAAUGAUAGAAUAUGUUCAGAAAAGAGUGGAUCAACUAAUCAGACAGUGUCCUGCUUACAAAGAACUUGCUUUAAAGAAACAAGGGCUCACUGCCUCACUAGAAGAUUAUCUAAAGAAGGUAUCAUUGUCAAUUAAAAAAGUCAGUCCGAUACUUGCAAUCAGUAUGGAUCCUGGUUCUUGUUUGACUGAGUCAGAGAAAGUUUUGAAUGAAUACCUAGAACUGUCCAAUCAAGCAAAGGAAACAUCACAUGAACUGGAAGCAGCUGUGAGACUUAUUAAUGAAGUGGAAGAAUUUGAACCUGCAGAGGUGGCAGCUUUCUCUAGCAAAGCUGACCUUCUAAAUGAAGAACUGACAACUCUUAACAAAAAUAUUAGUUCAAAACUAGAUGUUCUAAAAGCUUAUGUGGCAUUUUUAAAGUCAGUGAAGGAGGUAAAUGACCAAGCUCAAAGUCUGAAGGAAUUCUAUAAAUCUGAGCCUGUGCAAACAAAGAGUGAAGCUGAAAACAAGACUGUGAUUGAGUCAGCUGAUACUCAGUGGCUGAUUGUUUUAAAGAAGAUUCUUUCCACUCAAGAUAUGGGGCAUGAUUUUAUUAAUUCAUUAAAUUUGGUGAAUAAAAAUCUUCUAUUAAAGUUGGAAAACGUUUUUCAAGUAACUGAAGAUACUAUUGACAAACUAAACAAAGAAAAGGAAGAGCUGACAGACCUGUGGACAACCUGGAAGCUCCAUAUCAAUCAAGAAAAGUCCAUCAAACAACAAUGUUGGAAAUUUAAAGAGCAAUUUAAAGAAACUACUCAUAACUUAAUGAUUCUUGAGGAGGAUCUCAGACCUGCUGCAGCAGUUGACCUUGGGAGUAACCUUCAGAUUUUUUUAGAACUACAACAAAAAUUUAACCAAAUGAAACAACAGUUUCAGCAACUAACUGCUGAGGUUGAAUACACAAUAAAAUUAUCAGAAUUGCUGACUCUAAAAGGAGUUUCUGUUAAAGAAAAUUCUGAGAAAGUAAGUGAGCUUGCUCAUCUUUAUCAGAGGAUAAAAGAAAGGAUGACAGAAUAUGAUGAAAUCUUCAACAAGUCAGUCAAAUUCCAUCAUGUCAAAGAACAACUGGAAUGUCUCAAAAAAUCAGGAGACCUGGAGAUUCCUGAAACAAGUGAGAUCCCUGAUGAUGCACACCAAGCUAGAGUCCACCUUGCUAAUACUCAGGAAAAACAUGCGCAUAUUGGACAUCUAUAUAAACUGGCUCUUACCCUAGGAGUGGACAGCCUUUCUGCAGUGCAGCAUCCUAACUGCUUUAAUAUUUCUGUAAAGACUCUACAGCAGGAGCUUGCUACACUGGAGUGUGACAGCAUUAACUGGAGAACCAAAGCAGAUAAGUAUGAGGAGGAACUGUCGCACAACUUCCAGUACUGCACAAGUAGAGAAGAGAUAAAUGAGCUCAGAGAGUCAUUUAAAGAUCUGAAAAAGAAAUUCAACAACCUGAAAUUUAACUAUACCAAAAAAACAGAAAAAGCUCGAAAUCUGAAAGUUCUUAAGAUACAGAUUCAGCAAGUUGAAAUGUAUGCUGAAAAAAUGCAGAUUCUGAGAAAGAAGAUGGAUAAUUUAGAGAAGAAAGUUACUGGCUGUGUAAUAAAUCAUUCUGAUGGUAAAGCUGGUGUCCUCUUGGAGUCAGUCAACGAGUUACAGAAACAGCUGAGUGAAUUUGGCAGAGUUGUGGAGGAUUACAAGCAAAAUUUGGAUCGUAUUGAGCAUCUGCAGCAGAUGAUGGAAGAGUGUCAGUUUUGGUAUGAAGAAGCAAGCGCUACAGUCGUUAGAGUUGGGAAGUAUUCUGCAGAGUGUAAAACAAGAGAAGCAGUGGCAAUUCUCUACAAGCAAUUCAAUAAGUUUAUCAAACCGAUGGUGCCUCAACAAGAGGAAAGAAUUCAGCAGAUUACUGACCUCGCUAAACACUUAUAUGGUUUUGAAGAAGGAAAGAAAUAUAUUGAGAGAACAAUAAAAAGACAUAAAGAAGUUCUUGAUUCUAUUGAUGAAUUGUGUAUCUCUUUAAGAGAACUUGAACAGAUUGUGGAGGAUGUGUUAAAAGAAAAAACACCUGAUACAGGUGGUUUUGUUGAGGAGUCAGCCACUAUACCAAGAGAGCAAGAAAGAAACAGGCAGGAGACAUAUAAGAAAGUUACCAAAGCAAAGCGAGAGGUGGAGUCAGAUACACUCAUUGAAAGGCCAGAAAUCAGAAUUAAAAUGGAAAACAAUAAUAUGCUUUUCACCACCCAUCUUAAAAAGGAAGAGACGAGACUAGCUGAUAUUUCAGUUGUCUGCCCAGCUGGUGAGGAUUUCGUUUCACAGGAUAUGGUGCUGUCUCCUUCUGCCAAAGAAGAUAGUUUACAGGCUGAGAUGCUGGCAAAAGAAAUACUCUCCAGGAAGGAAUAUAAAUGUAUAUCACCUGAUGAUAUCUCUUUGCCCUUGCUUUCCGAGAUGCCUGAAUCUGACGUCCUGCAUUCUGAAGCUGAGCUGGAAGAGCAGCCCUGCUGUACUUCUCAUAGUCUGCAUGUCAACUCCUAUAGCUUGCAAAUGCAGAUAAACUCUGGCAGUAAAAGAAUGACUGAUGAGUCUGAUCUCUUAACACCUGUUGCUUAUGCUGACACUUCAAAUCAUAGAAGGGAAACCACAUCAGAUGAGUUAGAGAGAUUUUUCCCAUCUACCAUAGAUCACUAUCCAAAAUUUAGAAUGAAAUCUCCUUUGACUUGUAGUUCACCAGAAGCACCUGAAAACAUCACUGCUACCUGCACAAUACAUGCAAAGCCUGCAUAUAGCAUGAUGAGUGAAGUGUGUGAGACACAUACACAACACAAUGAAGCUCACCAAAGCAUGAAAGAAACACAAGAACAAUUGCAUGACAUUAAUAACUUUACUAAAACCCAGGAUAGGCUGCAUGCUUUGCCUGAUGCAGUCUCAGGUCUCAUGUUUCAAUCAGAUGCCACCAGAAGCUGUCAGAGGCAGAUGGUCACCCAAGAAGAGAUUAAGAGUGCAUCAGAAAAGAACAGCAUGGCCAGCCUAUCUGGACAGGCACCUAACUUCUCCAAACUGCUGUCCAAUGUAACCGUCAUGGAAGGUUCUCCGGUGACUUUGGAAGUAGAAGUAGCAGGAUUUCCAAAGCCUUCACUGACAUGGUACAAGAAGGGCCAGAAACUGACCACAGAUGAGCACUUAAAGCUUUUACAAAAGGAGACAAAGCAUGCUUUGUUCAUUCAGAAGGUGUGUGAUGCAGAUGCUGGCCUCUAUGUUGUUCGGGCUAAAAAUUCUAGUGGCACUAUCUCAUCAAGUGCCAUCCUCCGUGUGAAAGGUAACAGGCCACCUAUCACAAGAAUAGACUGGAUAAUGCUGUGUGUUAUCUAUAUUAGCGUGUCACUAAUGUACUCGCUAUUCACAUAGUAAGUGUGAUACUGGCUGCACCGGGACUUAAUUCUCACAGACUGAUGCAACAAUAAAUCAGUUAUCUUCCACUGCACCUUCACAAACUGUGUACCAAUCUGCUUGUGUGUCACACUGGAUGUUUUGUUAAUGCCACUGCUACAUCAAAUGUUCAUUUUCCUUUAGCAUAUUAAUGUUUAGUUUAAAUUUUAGUUGGGAUGAUGGACACAGUUUUGCACUCUAAAACAAGAUGUCCUAGACUUAAUAAAAAAUCUUACAAAUUGUGCUGUUUGUAGAGACCAUAAUGUGUCAAAGUGCAUCCGGGAACAUGGUGCUCAAAUCAAUUUAUAUAGCAUGCUGCUUAUUACAUCAAAUGUGUUGUUUCUGGUGACAUUUUUCUCAUGUAUGCUUUAAACGUCUCUUGGUAUGGUGUAGCUACUCAAACCCAUACAGUACAUUAUAGUAAUAUUCAUAGUGCACUGGCAUAUACCAGAUCGCUACUUUCUGUUCUAAAUAGUAGGGCUCUGCUUAAUAAAAUGUGUCUUGAGUGACUUUAAAGCAAGGGAUGGAGCCUCAGCUACUGUAAAUUCUCAUAGUUCCACUGAAGUCAGUGAAGCUUUGCUAACCUUCCCCAGCUGAGGCUCUGCCCCCUUGUUGUCGGUGAUGGUUAAGUAAGAGAAGUAGCCUCUGUUUUACAAUAUUCCCAUGACAACCAGAUGGUUUCAAAGUAAGACUUUUUCAAUAUACUUAAGCUGCCCUAUAUACCCACUGCCUCUAUAUAUGCCAUAAUUCUUAUGAUCCUUUUUUUCUCUUCUUAUAAAAUGUUAAAUGAAAGAUAUAGAUGUUUUAUACUCCCAGCUGUUAACAUGAAAAGGGACAGAUAAUCUUCUAUGCAUUGGACCUUGAGCCCAUUUUUAAUUCCUUUUUAAUAAAUUGUUUUCAAAGAGAUCAAGGGAUAUAUGCAAAGGGUUGGCUAGUGGAUAUAUUAGGAUAAAUGGUAAAAUGAAAAGGAAGGAUUUUUCUCUGAGUUUUCACUUAAACUACUGCAAUGAGAAAUGAGCUGCAACUUUAAAGUUGUAACAUUCAAAAGAGGAAUUUGCUUGCAUGCUAGUUACAUUUCACUUCUGACGAGGACAAGCAAAAUAUUGUUUUAUUAUAAACAUAGUUGCAUCAGUGUAAUAUCUUUGAUUCAAAGAAUAAUUUAUUUAAGGUUUUUGACAAAGGCAAGAAAAAUAAUUGUGCCACUGGACGACUUUGCCCAUAAAUUAUCAGCCUUCUUAAUGGGUGAGAGAUUCAACUUAUUAAUUCCUGCUAUUUCUUAUGAAACUUAGGAACAUUUAUCCAUACAGUAAAAGAAGUCGGUGAACUUUUGUAUAAUGUUUUUCUUUUAUUCUCAAUUUACUGCUUACACAUAAUGAAUUUGCUUGUGUGGGAAAUCUGUAAGGGGCAGGGAGAGACUUACAAUCUCUUGCAAAAUUUACAACAAGAAAAUGAAUUCUUGACUGCACAACAUGAUCUGAACAGAAUCUAUAUUUCAAAUACCAGGAGGCCAAUGAGGCUGAAGACAAACAUUUGGAUUUUUGGCCCAGUGGCUGCAAUUCUAUUAAAAUCUUGUGACUUUGAAACAGGAGACAUCCUCAAGGCAACACAGCCUAGCAUUAGGGAAAGGGGGAGCUGGCAGGAGGGGAAAGACAACAUACUAUGAAUAGAAUUUAUAUUACCCCUAAAUCCAGCCAUCUCAUGUAAAUGUUGUUUCAUAAGGAUUCUUCUAAGUAAGCCAGCCAUACCCUUUAGUACUUUUCAGGAAAUGUAGUUCUCAUUUUACAAUAAACUAAUUUAAUAAUUACUAACAUCUUGAAUGUUUGAAUGUUUACAGAAGAAAAAAUCAGUUUUGUAUUUGUUUCCAGGUGAUUAUAUCCACAUUCAUUGCUACAAAACAACCAACAAAACAACUGUGUUGAGAAUCCUAUUUGCAUAUGCAUUGUAAUAAGCACUGAGAUAAAACAAACCAAAGUAUCCCUCCAACGUGAUGUAAUGCGUUUCGUAUUUUGCCUGUUGUUGAAAUGUCAGCGCCUGACUGCCUGAUCUCCAUUUACAAUAAACAGAACGAUGGAGGCCAUCAGAAAGCCAGCAGAUUUGCAAUCAUUACAUGAAAAGGUGCUGUAUCUAAUUCAGUGCCAGUUCUUUUAGCACUUUUCAUCAUACUGGAUUAGAU